UGGGAAAUGUAGUCCGGGCGGCCGCAGGUUGUCCUGGCCAUGGCUUCUGCGGGAACCCUGGAUGCUCCGGAACGCGGCCACCCCCGGCCUUUUCUGAUUGGGGUGAGCGGGGGCACCGCCAGCGGCAAGUCAACAGUAUGCGAGAAGAUCAUGGAGCUCCUGGGCCAGAACGAGGUGGACCACAAACAACGGAAAGUUGUCAUUUUAAGCCAGGAUAGGUUCUACAAGGUACUGACCCCCGAACAGAAGGGCCGGGCCCUCAAGGGCCAGUACAACUUUGAUCAUCCCGAUGCUUUUGAUAACGAUUUGAUGAACCAAACUCUCACCAGCAUCCUAGAGGGACAAAUAGUGGACGUGCCCACCUAUGACUUUGUUACUCAUUCGAGAUUACCAGAGACCACGAGAGUGUAUCCUCCUGAUGUGCUGCUCUUUGAGGGCAUUUUGGCUUUCUACAACCAAGAGAUCCGAAACAUGUUUCACCUUAAGCUGUUUGUGGACACAGACUCUGACGUCAGGCUCUCCCGCAGAGUUUUACGUGAUAUGAAAAGGGGACGAGACCUGGAGCAGAUUCUCACCCAGUACACCACCUUUGUGAAGCCAGCAUUCGAAGAGUUUUCUCUACCGACAAAGAAGUAUGCAGAUGUGAUUAUACCACGUGGAGUGGACAACAUGGUCGCCAUAAACCUGAUCGUGCAGCAUAUCCAAGAUAUCCUGAAUGAAGACAUCUGUAAGUGGCAGCGGGGCUCCUUGAACGGACGAUCGCACAAGAGGACCUUCCCGGGCCAGGGGGAGCCUGGAACAGUGCUGAUGCCGGGGAAGCGCACUCACCUGGAGUCGAGCAGUCGGCCACACUAAGCGGCUCUCUUCACAGCAGGGUUUGUCAGUGAGCUCAUGGUCCGUGGAGC